GUCCACGGGGACGACAAGGAAUUCUUCAUGGUGGCCUCGUUGGUCUCCACAGACAAAGUCGACCUGCACGAGCUCCACCGCUUCGACUCCAGGACUGGGGUGUGGAGCCAGGUCGUGGUGCGAUUGGUGGAGCCGCAGAUCUCGUUCCCCUACAGGAUCACCAGGAACUCGAGCCGGCUCGGCUACCAUCUCACGUCCACCGUGAUCACUAUCGGAGGCGAAGGGGGGAGGAUGGGCUGGGUCGAUCUCUGGCGUGGCAUCCUCAUCUGCGACGUGCUCGACCCGGAGCCUGAGCUCCAUGGCGUGCCCCUGCCGUUGCCCAUGGACCUGCUGACAUGCAACAAUGGCCUGGGAACUGAAAUAGGAGGCUACGCGAAUCCCAUCCGCGGGAUUGCCGUCGACGGUCAAUGCCUCAGGUUUGUUCAUCUGGAAGCCACAAUCUCCAAGACAUAGUUAUAGCAGCAACGACAGUGACCAAGAAUGUAAAGCAACCUUCUUUUCUGAACCCGGCCGUGAUGUCCGCUAACAUGUCUGACUGGGUGAUCCAUACAUGGAGCAACUCCAAGAUGACUGCCUCCUGGAAGGACUGGAUCCUGGACUGCAAGGCCAGAGCAUCACAGGCUACGAUCCCCAGCAAGGUCAUGUCAAAGAUGCUAAACUCGAGAUUAUUGCUGUCACCUGAUGAAGAAGGAGCAAAUCCAGUGCGAGCCUUGGGGAACCUCUGGGUGUCCCACCCAGCUCUCGGCACUGAUGAUGGUGUCGUUUACCUGCUGGCCAGACUCAAAUUCGAGGACCCCAAGGCAUUCAUGAUCGCUCUUGACACCAGGGAGAAUACUCUUAUAGGCUCAGCCAAGUUCGCCACUGAAAGGAAAGGCGGUGAUGGCAUCACGUAUUUCCCAAGUAACAUCUCAAAGUAUAUCGACCCAGAGGCUAGGAUUCUUCCUAUCUCCAAAGGUCUUGAAGAUAACUACGUGGAGUCAAUCGACAAUGAAGGCACUGAAUCUGUUGAGUUUCCGACCGAAAAGAUAGCUUUCUCUGGCAUCGAGUUUGGUGACGAUGAUGAUGCAUCAGUUGAUAGCUAGAGGUAAAAUGUGAGCUCGUUUGUAAUAAAGUCCAGGUCUCUACAGUGCUCGAUCUGGUGAUGCAUCAGUUGGUAGCUAGAGGUGAACGCGACCAACUAAAAUACUGAAACCAACUGGCGUCGAUGGCGAGUGGCUUUGCUUUGUCUAUAGGUGAAGUGAACUGAAGUGAAGCUACUAUAUAUUUAUGCUCUGCUGCGUGUAUCAGUGUAAGUAGGGAUGGUUGAUCAUAGUGAUCU